GAGUGAGCUGAGGUGGACUUGUUCCUUUCAGUCAGAGUGAAACGAACGGAGCAGGUCAGCUACUGGAUCGCAGGAGCAACACGAAACCCCCGAGACAACCUUUCAGGCACCAUGAUGAUCAGGAUAGCCGCAUUCCUCACCCUGCUGGUGGCCGCCUGCUCCGGAGAGAGCUGCACAGACCCAGUCAUCACUCCGUCGGCCUACACCACCUCUGACGCCGUCAUUUCCUCUGAGUCUGUCUUCAUCGUUGAACUGAGUCUGACGUGUGCCAACGGAGCCCAGAGCGUGACUCUGUAUGCUGAUGUCAACGGAAGGCAGUUCCCUGUGACCAGAGGCCAGGAUGUUGGCAAAUACCAGGUGUCGUGGAGUCUUCCUCACAAACAGGCCAGCUCUGGAACAUACCAGGUCAAAUUCUUCGAUGAGGAGUCCUACAGUGCCCUGCGCAAGGCCCAGAGAAACAAUGAAGAUGUAAAUGCCAUCCAGCCUCUCUUCUCUGUGAACAUCGACCACAGGGGAGCAUGGAGCGGCCCGUGGGUGUCCACUGAGGUGGUGGCUGCCCUCAUUGGCAUCCUGUUUUAUUACAUGGCAUUCAGCGCCAAGAGCACCAUCCAAGCAUAAACAGAGCCACAGUCACUUGUUAACCACUGGAUCAUUAAAGACUGAAUUCUGGUGGAGCUCGACCAACGAUCUAUCAUCCACUGUUGUGGCAAACAAACAGGAUUUUGCUACUUGAUCUGCUUUGAGACGACAUGCAAAAGUAGCAGUCUUUGUAUUUUUUAUUCAGACUGUGUCUGUGUGCGAUCGGUCUUAUCAAUUUACAGAUGAGUUCUGUCAUGAGUUUGUCCAGUCAGUGUGAAUGGAAUUUUGUAAUUUUUUUUUUUUAAUACCACACCAAUAAACCUGGACUUUUACAAUUAAUGGAAUAGAAAUCUACCUUAUAUGCUGUGGUCAGUCCUGCCUAAGAGUAGCUGGUACAUCCAGACCAGGUUCUCCUCCUGUGUGGAUGCGUUGGUCAGAGUGGGACUUUUACAGAUGUUCUGAAUACAACAGAGAAAGGUCAAGCCUUCCAUGAUAUGAAACGUCAAUAAUGUAACUGUACUGGUUGCCUUGUACAGGCUUAGCGGAUGUGUCCCUUCCAGGAAAAUGAAUAAAUGGCUUGUCUUUCUUCCA